AUGUCUACUACCGCCGCUUCCCUCAGGGUUCCUCAAGCAACCAUGUCUGGCAACAAGACUGUCAGCACCGCUCCGCUCAACACCAAGCGCAAGAUUGUCUGUUUCUCAGACUUCGAUGGCACCAUCUUCAUGGAGGACACAGGUCACAUCCUGUUCAACGCUUUUGGAUGUGGUACCGACAAGCGUGAGCUGCUCGACCAGCAGAUCAAGUCUGGAGAGCGUUCCUUCCGUGAUGUCUCUGAGGAGAUGUGGGGAUCCCUGAACGUCCCCUUCGCCGACGGCUUCGAGGCCAUGAAGGAUGGUCUGAACAUCGAUCCCGAGUUCAAGAACUUCCACCAGUUCUGCUUGAACAACAAGAUUCCCUUCAACGUCAUUUCCGCCGGAUUGAAGCCUGUUCUUCGCAGUGUUCUCGACCACUUCUUGGGAGAGGAGGCUGCUGCCAACAUCGACAUAGUCGCCAACGAGGCCGAGAUCUCAGAAGAUGGGAGUUCGUGGAAGGUCAAGUGGCGCCACGACAACGAGCUUGGUCACGACAAGGAGUUGUCAAUCAACGAGUACAAGGAGGUUGCACAAUUGGAGAGCGACGACGGCACCAUCCCCAUGAUCAUCUUCAUUGGUGAUGGUGUUUCCGAUUUGCCUGCCGCCCGCCACUCAGACGUCCUUUUCGCCCGUCGUGGUCUCCGCCUCGAGGAGUACUGCAUUGAGAAUAAGCUCCCCUACAUUCCCUUCGACACCUUUGCCGACAUCCAAAAGGAAGUCAUCAAGAUUGCCAAGAUCGACGACGAAAAGACAAAGGGCGAGGGACUUCCCAGCAACUUCAACCCUCGCGCCAACAUGUGGCGUCGUGUCAGCUCCAAGAGGGCUAUUCCUACAUUCGCUGCUAUGACACCGAGAGACGAGAAGAUGUUCAUCUGGCCCGAGACCUUCACCGAGCAGGUUAAGGCUUAA